AUACUACAGUAAAAGCAGCCGCUGCGUGUGAGCCUUUAGUUUUUAGUAUAGUGAGAUAAUGGUGGUUCAGAGGUCUACUGCUCAAUUUGACUGAGUCCCGUUUUGAAAUACGCAGCGUACUCUCUGGGAUGUCCAAGCUUUCCUGUCUCUCACACAGUAUCUAUCGUAUCCAUGUGUGUCACCACUGUGCCUGACGUUAUUAAAGGGCCGUUGCCAUAACGACACGUGGGCAGGCCAGGCAUAAUGGCUCUCCUGACGCAGCUAGGACUCCUCCUGUGGAAGAACUUUACUCUCCGCAAGAGACAAAAGGUGAGGCUGGUUGUGGAAGUGAUAUGGCCGCUGUUCCUCUUCUUCAUCCUGGUCUGGGUCAGAUCGACCACUCAGCCCAUCUACAAAGGCCAAUGUUAUUACCCCAACAAAGCCAUGCCUUCUGCCGGAGUGUUGCCAUGGCUUCAAGGCCUCAUGUGUAACCUUAACAACCCCUGUGUUAACAGUCCCACACCUGGGGAGACCCCUGGCCAAGUCAACAAUUUCAACUCCUCCAUGAUCUCGGGGAUGUUAAUCGAACUGCAGACGCUACUGUCCGCCGGAUUCUCCCCGACGAAGGUCAAACAGCUAUCGGACGAUCUUGGCCAGUGGUCCUCCAUUCUCGAAAAUGCUGACCUUGAAAAUGGUCAACCAGUUCCUCUGAGAAGUCUUCUGCGAGACGAUGAAAGUUUCACGGUGUUUUUGCAAGAGGAGCUCGGCGUGCCGCCUUCUACAGCCCAGAGGUUAAUGAAGACAGGUGUACGCAUCAACACGGUCCCCCAGCUCUCGGCAGAGCCGGUCCUGAGGUCAGUGCUGUGUGAGGGCCGAACGCUCGAGCGGUACCUUGAGUUUGGCUCGGACGCCGACCGGGACGCCUUCCAGAACGUCAGCUGCUCCCUCAGCCCUGCCCAGCUGCAACAGACUCAAGAGGCGUUCCAGACGAGCCUGGACCCCAGGAAGCUGCUCCGCAAUCUCCCCACAGUGCUGGACCUGAACCCUGCCGAGAGUGUCGAGCUCUACAGCCAAAUGGUGACAGACGUGGCUCCUCUCGUGGACCAGUUUCUGAGGACUCAGAGGACUCUGCUCAGUAUGACUGAUGGUGUGGACUUCAGAAAUAACCCCUUAGGUGGCCUAAGUGCACUGCUGUGUGCGCCAACGCCUGGCUCCAACUCCACUUACUCCACCCAAGCCAGGUCCUAUUCAUGGGCGAUGAGUGAACGGACGGACAGCAUUAACCAGCAGCCGACUCCAGGGAAUGCUAGUGACUUCUGCCAGACGCUCAUCGACACCUUGCAGGGCAAUCCCCGUCUGAAGGCCGUGUGGAGCGCGCUCAGACCGCUCGUACAGGGGAAGGUUCUCUACACGCCGGACGCACCAGUGACCAGGCAACUCAUGGAACAGGCAAACGGCACGUUCGAUGCCCUGGCCAGGCUGAAGGCGCUGGGCGAAGCCUGGGAGGAGAACGAGCCAAGAACCUGGGACUACUUUCAAAAUGGCAGCCAAAUCAAUAGAUUACGGGAUUUGCUGAAGAACCCCCUCUUUGCAGCGAUCAUAAACGAGCGUCUGAACGGGACCGGGCUAACUGCUGCGAUCGUCGCUAACUUCCUGUAUAAUGGACCUCCGGAGGACCGACCCGCGGGGAUGCCAGACUACGACUGGCGCAACGCCUUCAACACCACCAGCCAGGUUUUGGAACAGAUGACCCAACUCCUUGGGUGCUUGGACCUGGAUAAGUUCGAGGCCCUAGCCGGUGAGGGCCCAAUGGUGGACAGAGCGAUGGAGCUGAUAGACAACCAGAGUUACUGGGCAGGGAUCGUGUUCGAGGGCCUGGAUGCCAGCGCGACGCAGCUGCCCGCGUUCGUCAAGUACACGAUAAGGAUGGACAUCGAGGACGUGGAGCGCACCGAUAAGAUUCAGGAGAGGUCGUGGGACCCUGGCGCGAGAGACCACUCCUUUAACGACAUGCGCUACGUGUGGGGCGGCUUCGCCUACCUCCAGGACAUCGUGGACCACGGGAUCGUCCAGACGCACGCCAACAAGAGCCAGCCCCUCGGCGUGUUCGCCCAGCAGAUGCCGUACCCCUGCUUCGUUGAUGACAGCUUCAUCUCCACCAUCGGGGCCAUCCUGCCCAUGUUCCUGGUGCUGGCCUUCAUGUACUCGGUGUGCCAGAUCAUUAAGGGCCUGGUGCUGGAGAAGGAGACCCGUCUGAAGGAGGUCCUGCGGGUCGUUGGCGCCGCAAACGGCCCCCUCUGGCUCGCCGCGUUCAUCGAGAACAUAGUGCUGCUCACCGUGCCCUGUGCUCUUAUCAGUAUCAUGAUCAAGUUUGGGAAUGUGCUGAAGUAUAGCGACCCGUCGGUGAUCUUCGUCUUCCUGUUGGUCUUCUGCGUGGCGACCAUCAUGGAGGCCUUCCUCAUCAGCGUGUUUUUCAGUCGGGCGAAUCUGGCAGCCGCCUGCGGGGGCCUCAUCUUCUUCGUGCUCUACCUGCCGCACUCGCUCUGUUACGCCUGGAGUGACCAGAUGACCUUCCCCAUGAGGGUUGCUGCGAGUCUUCUCUCCUGCGUGGCGUUUGGCUUUGGCUGUGAGAGGUUCGCCCUUUACGAGGAGCAAGGCGUCGGCAUCCAGUGGCACAACGUCAACGCAAACCCUGACGGCACCGGCUACAGCUUCACCCUGUCCAUCGUCAUGAUGCUGGUGGACGCCGUCCUCUACUGGAUCCUCACCUGGUACAUAGAGAACGUCUUUCCAGGUCAGUAUGGCAUCGCUAAGCCAUUCUACUUCCCCUUCACCCGGACCUACUGGUGUGGCACAGAGUCCAACUCUGAGCUGAGCACCGAGGCCAUCACAGACCUGGAGGAUCACAAAGGUUACCUAGAGAAGCCUCCUCCGAAUAUGAGAGCCGGUGUGUCUGUCCGCAACCUGGUGAAGAUCUACAAGACCGGGAAGAAGCUGGCUGUGGACGGCCUGAGCCUGGACUUCUACGAGAACCAGAUCACCUCGUUUCUGGGCCACAAUGGAGCAGGGAAGACAACAACAAUGUCCGUCCUGACCGGCCUGUUUGCCCCCACCUCCGGGACAGCCAUCAUCAACGGCUACGACAUCCGCACUGAUAUGGACUCCAUCAGAAAGCACUUGGGAAUGUGUCCGCAACACAACGUCCUAUUCAACGACCUGACCGUGGAGGAGCACAUCUAUUUCUACGCCCGCUUGAAGGGACGGAGCAAGAAGGAGGUGGACAUGGAGAUCGACCAGAUGAUUGAGGAUGUCGGUCUGCCACACAAGAGAAAAGAGCUGGCAAAGAACCUAUCAGGUGGGAUGCAGAGGAAGCUGUCUGUUGCCAUAGCGUUUGUGGGUGGGUCCAACAUAGUGAUUCUGGACGAACCUACGGCGGGAGUGGAUCCGUAUGCACGCAGAGGGAUCUGGGAACUCCUCCUCAAGUAUAAACAAGGUCGGACCAUCAUCUUGUCCACCCACCACAUGGACGAGGCCGAUAUCCUUGGCGACCGCAUCGCCAUCAUCUCCCACGGCCGCAUGUGCUGCUGUGGCUCCUCCCUCUUCCUGAAGAAGUGCUUCGGCAGCGGCUACUACCUCACCCUCGUGCGCGCCGCCGACAACAAGAUGGCCGCCCAGAGGCCCGGCAUCUACCAGAACUUAAAGGAUUCUGAGACUGAUUCAAUGGACGACGGCAUCGGCAGCAAAAGUUCAAGCUGCUCGGACCCCCCAGACGUGGCGGACGUCAGUGGCCUGAUCAGGAGGCACGUGCCCCAGGCCGUGUUCCUGGAGGGCAUCGGGCACGAGCUCACCUACAUCCUGCCCUACGCGGGCGCCAGAGACGGCACCUUCGCCCAGCUCUUCAAAGAGCUGGACCUGGAGAUGGGCCAGCUGGGCAUCACCAGCUACGGGAUCUCAGACACCACUCUGGAGGAGAUCUUCCUCAAAGUGGCAGAGGAUACUGGAGUAGAUAUGGCACCACAAGAUGAAGCUGGAAGUUUUACACGCGACUGGAAGCGAAGUUCACGAGAGUCUCGACGCAACAGCAUCGCCACAGCAAAGGAAACCACUGACCCAGCCGCCUCUCAAUCUAUAGAGCUGAAGGGGAGAUCCAAAAGAAAAGUAGUAGACUGGGAGCGGGCGUCGAGCCUUAACGGGAAAGGUUCCUCAGUCAUCACCGGCUGGGAGCUCAUCAGACGGCAGUUCCUGGCUCUCUUCAUCAAGCGCUUCCACCACGCCAGACGCAGCCGCAAGGGACUCAUCGCUCAGAUUGUCAUGCCCGCCCUGUUUGUGGUCCUCGCUCUCAUCUUCUCCCUGAUUGUACCCCCGUUCGCUGAAUACCCCAACCUGGAACUCCAGCCUUGGAUGUACGGUUCUGCACAGAACACCUUCAUCAGUGUGGACGAGCCCAACGUCACGGAGGUCUCGCAGGUGGCCGAGUCCUUGCUGAACGACCCCGGCUUCGGGACACGCUGCAUGGCAGGAAACCCGAUACCACAUCUCCCGUGUGAACCUCAGAAGGCCACAGACUGGUACACUCCCCCCGUGGACCCUGCGGUGAGUGACGUCUUCGCCAACGGGAACUGGUCCUUCGCCAACCCCUCCCCCGACUGUGAGUGCAGCACCCCUGAGCGGAGCUUCAUGCUACCAGACUGCCCCCUGGGGGCCGGAGGACUGCCCCCUCCCCAGAAAACUCAGAUCACAACCGACAUGCUUCAUGACAUGACUGGAAGAAACAUGACUGAUUAUCUCCUGAAGACCUACGAGAAAUCCGGCAAAAAUCGGUAUGGAGGGAUCUCAGUCGGAGGAGAGAACUCUCAAGUCAGAAUGAACGAGUCAGAAAUCGCCACUGUUUUCGAGGAGUUGCGGAACAUUUUCAACGCCUCGCAGGAUAACACGACCGAGCAGAUCCUGCAGGACAUGGAGGUGGUAUUCAGAGAGCUCGGAACUCAGCAUAAUGUCAAGGUGUGGUUCUACAACAAAGGCUGGCAUGGGAUGGUGUCUUUCCUGAACACGGCCAACAACGCCAUCCUGCGUGGCAACCUGCCUCCCCACCUGGACCAACGUCUCUACGGCAUCAGAGUUUCCAACCACCCACUCAACCUCACCAAGGCACAGCUCUCGUACGCAGCCAUGGCCAGCACCUCUACGGACAUGGUGGUGUCCAUCUGUGUGAUCUUCGCCAUGUCCUUCAUCCCAGCCAGCUUCGUGCUCUUCCUCAUCCAGGAGCGGGUCAACAAGGCCAAGCACCUGCAGUUCGUCAGCGGCGUUAACCCCGCCGUCUAUUGGGUGGCCAACUUCGCUUGGGACAUGUGCAACUACAUUGUCCCCUGCUUCAUCGUGAUCGUCAUCUUCCUCUGCUUCCAACAAAAGUCCUACGUCUCACCGCCCAACCUGCCCGCCCUGAUUCUGCUGCUGGUGCUGUACGGGUGGGCCAUCACGCCUAUGAUGUACCCGGCGUCCUGGUUGUUCAGUGUGCCCAGCACGGCCUACGUGGUGCUCACCUGCGUCAACAUGUUCAUCGGCAUCAACGGCAGCAUAGCCACCUUCAUCAUGGAGCUGUUCGACGACCCGAACGUCAAGGAAAUUAAUGACAUCAUGAAGCAGGUGCUGCUGAUCUUUCCCCACUUCUGCCUGGGCAGAGGACUCCUCGACAUGGCAAUGAACCAGGCCACGGCCACUCUCUAUGAGAGCCUAGGCGAAGACGUCUUCAAGGACCCCCUCAGUUGGGACAUGGUGGGCAAGAAUCUGUUUGCCAUGACGGUGCAAGGAGUCGUCAUGUUCGCCGUCACCCUGCUCAUCCAGUACAAGUUCUGCUGCAGUCGCAGACUGGUGUCGGUGGAGCCUUCAUCACAGGCGGAGGAGGAUGAAGACGUGGCGCGCGAGAGAACACGAAUCCUCCAGGGCGGCGCCGACGCUGACCUGCUCCGGGUCUGCGACCUCACCAAGGUGUACCGUGGGAAGAAGGUUCCAGCUGUGGACAGAAUCUGUGUGGGUGUCCCUGCAGCAGAGUGCUUUGGGCUGCUAGGCAUCAAUGGCGCUGGGAAGACCACCACGUUUAAAAUGCUGACAGGGGACAUCGGUGUCUCUGGUGGGGAAGCCUUCCUAAAUGGCCACAGCAUCCGCACCGAGAUGCAGCUGGUCCAGCAGAACAUGGGCUACUGCCCGCAGUUCGACGCCAUCAACGACCUCCUGACCGGCCGAGAACACCUGGAGUUCUACGCCCGCCUGCGAGGGGUACCUGAGAAAGAAGUCUCCAUGGUGGCAGAGUGGGGCAUCCAGAAGCUGGGGCUGCUCAAGUACGGCAACAAGUCCGCCGGCACCUACAGCGGGGGCAACAAGCGCAAGCUCUCCACCGCCAUGGCUCUGAUUGGCUGCCCACCCGUCGUCUUCCUGGAUGAGCCUACUACUGGCAUGGACCCCAAAGCUCGGCGGUUCCUGUGGGACUGCAUUCUGAGCGUCAUCAAGCAAGGGCGUUCUGUCGUUCUAACCUCGCACAGCAUGGAGGAGUGUGAGGCCCUGUGUACUCGGAUGGCCAUCAUGGUCAACGGACAGUUCAAAUGCCUGGGCAGCAUCCAGCACCUGAAGAGCAGGUUUGGUGAGGGCUACACGGUGAUUGUGAAGGUUGGGGGCUCGCCGCCUGCCCUUGGGCCCGUGGAGGAGUUUGUGCGGGCCAACUUCCCCGGCAGCACGCUCAAGGAGCGGCACCACAACACGCUGCAGUACCAGCUCCCGCACGGAGAGGGCGCUCUGGCGGCCAUCUUCAGCCGGUUCACCAAGCACCAGAAGGCCCUCAGUGUGGAGGACUACUCCGUCUCCCAGACCACACUGGACCAGGUCUUUGUCAAUUUCGCCAAGCACCAGUACGAUGAGGACGAGGAGGCGCAUGCCCAGGCCUAUCAAAACCAGGUCGACCUGUCGGACGAGAUGCCAGCUCGCCGAAAGAAAUAGUCCAACACUUUCAACUUCAAGUGAAAGGGAGAAGAGGCUCAGCACUCUGCGAAGUCAGAGGACAAACUCAGGCACUUUGAUGAUUGAUGAUUGUGUCAUGCUUGGAUAUUGUUGAUAAUUCAAGCAACUUAAAAAUCAUGUAUCUUUUUUUAUUAUUAUUUUUAAUAUAUGAAUCAAGUUGAAAUGGAAAAUAUUAUAUAGAAGAUUGUACUUAUUAUCUUUACUUAUAACACCAUUUUGUGUGAAACAGCUUAUAACUCAUGGUUUACAAUUGCUCAUAGUUCACAAUAGCUCAUAGCUCACACCCAUUCACCCUUGGGGUUCUAAGUACAUGCUUUCUGUGACAAAAAAGUCCCAUGCUGAAGAAAUAUGAUUCCCAAAGGAUCCCAAAUGGGUCUUUGAAGCUGCAAAGGUUUCAGGUCAAGUCAUCUCAGCUCUGGCACAUUGACAAGUCAAAGAUAAUUCUCUGUGCGUGCAGCAUUAAAGUGACAAUGAUUUUAUAAGCAUUGCAUGUUCUAAUUCAAAACAUAUAGCUACAAUACCAAAUCAUUAAGUUGUUUGACAUGUGUAUUAUAUAUAACUUUUUCUUUAUCAUGCAUUUUUUUAAAUGGUUGUAUAAGACCACGUGCAAUAUUGUCAUACAGGCUGUAACAUAUAACAUAUGAGAAUGUUUACUUGAAAAAGAAAAUAUUUUAGUACAAAAUACUUGAUGUUUACCUCCAACAAUGUUCUACAACAGUGCGCUACACAACUCCAACAAGAGUCUACAACAUAUUUAACCAGAUGAACGAUAACAUUAGUCCUUGUGUCUACAAAUCAGCUAUUUAUUCUCAGUCUAAUCAGAAACACCUUAUUUCCAAUCAAAGAUGAUAUUAUACUAUUUGCAUUUUUAUUUUAUUGAUUUAUUUGAUAUGGGACCAUACAUAUUCAUGAACAUUGUUGUAUAAAAACACCAUGCAAAUAUGCCAUAAUUAGUAAAUACUGUAUA